AGAAGAAGUAGAGAAGAAGAGGGCUCUUCGGUCAACGCAUCCAUCACUACUUCUUCAUGUCAACGUUCAAUUCUCUUUCUCCUUCCACUCUCUCUCUCUCUCGAGACGCCAUUGAUGACCCCAAGCUCUCUCCUUUUCAAUUCCAUAUAAAUCUACGCCCCCCUCUCCCAUUCCUACUUGUCCUUCCCAUCUCUCUCUCUCUUUCUUUCUGUGUCUUUGGGGUUUGAUUCAUUGUUGAGAGUGAUAAUGGUGAGACUACCUUACUUUACUGCUCUGACGACGCUCUUCAGCUAUGGUUUGCUGUUCGCGUUUGGCCAGAUGAGAGAUCUCUUCCGCAAGAUCCUUGAUCUUCCUAAAUCCAAGAAAGUUCAGGGGUAUGCGCCGAUCUGUUUAGGGCUUGAGGAUUUCUAUACUCGCCGUCUUUAUCUCCGGGCCCAGGACUGUUUUGGCCGACCUAUUGCGAGUGCUCCAGAUUCUUGGAUAGAUGUGGUUGACCGUUAUUCAAAUGACAAUAACAAGACAUUGCACCGGACCUCAAAUAUUACUAAAUGUCUGAACCUUGGAUCAUACAACUACCUUGGUUUUGCUGCGGCUGAUGAAUAUUGCACACCGCGUGUUAUUGAGUCUCUGAAGCAAUAUUCUCCCGGUACCUGCAGUGUCCGAGUUGAUGGAGGCACCACUAAACUGCACACUGAAUUGGAGGAGUUGGCGGCUCGAUUUGUUGGAAAGCCAGCUGCUAUCCUUUUUGGCAUGGGUUAUGUGACAAACUCUGCUAUUAUCCCUGCUCUGAUUGGCAAGGGAGGGCUGAUAAUCAGUGAUUCUUUAAACCAUAACUCUAUUGUCAAUGGUGCUAGAGGAUCAGGUGCAACUGUGCGGGUUUUCCAACAUAACACUCCAUCUCACUUGGAGGAGGUUCUGAGAGAGCAGAUUGCCGAGGGGCAGCCUCGGACACAUAGGCCAUGGAAGAAGAUUAUUGUUAUACUGGAGGGAAUCUAUAGCAUGGAAGGGGAGCUUUGCAAACUUCCAGAAAUCAUGGCCGUCUGCAAGAAAUAUAAGGCAUACACAUACUUGGAUGAGGCCCAUAGCAUUGGUGCAAUUGGAAAAACAGGCAGAGGUGUUUGUGAGCUUUUAGGUGUGGAUCCGGCUGACGUUGAUAUCAUGAUGGGAACUUUCACAAAAUCAUUUGGAUCUUGUGGAGGAUACAUUGCAGCAUCCAAGGAAAUUAUCCAAUACUUAAAGCACACUUGCCCAGCGCAUCUUUAUGGGACAUCCAUGUCACCACCUGCAGUACAACAAGUUAUAUCAGCUAUCAAGGUUAUUCUCGGCGAGGAUGGAUCUAACAGAGGGGCUCAAAAGUUAGCACAAAUUCGUGAUAACAGCAAUUUCUUCCGAUCAGAGCUUCAUAAGAUGGGUUUUGAGGUUCUUGGUGACGAGGACUCUCCAGUUAUGCCCAUAAUGCUUUACAAUCCAGCAAAAAUCCCUGCCUUCUCUAGGGAAUGUCUUAAACAGAAUGUCGCGGUGGUUACUGUCGCAUUCCCGGCCACUCCACUUCUCCUCGCAAGGGCUCGUAUCUGCAUUUCGGCUUCACAUUCCCGGGAAGACCUUAUGAAAGGCUUGGAGGUUCUUAGCAAAGUCGGUGACCUUGUUGGGAUCAAAUACUUCCCUGUUGAAUCCGAGAAUUCUCAUGCUGAGGCAAAGCUGAAGAAGUUAGAGUAGAAAUUCUCCAAUCCUGGAAAACCAGACAAAGUGAGAGGAAGGAAAACCAUCAUGCUCAAUCUGUUGUUCAUAUAUCUGAAUUCCGAAGCAGGACUUUUCGACUGACAAUUAAUACAUGUGUAUAUUAAGUCUAAGUGGCGAUCGUUUGUUUGGUUUUUACUUUAGUUUGGAUUAUUGUAUCGUUCUUGCGGAGUCACGAACUUAUCUACAAGAAAAUAAUCAGGCAUUGUUGUAGUAUUGAUGUGCUUCAAAUUGCAGAGAAACUUUGGUUCUUUCAUGAUUUUGGCACACAACAAUGUGAAAUAUGUUUGUUUCUUUGUAA